CCAGGGGGCAGAGGCCCGCCCGCCGACGAGGGCCUCGGGGCCGGAGAUCGGGGCCCGAGUUCCGGAUGCGGAACGCGCUGGGUUCCGCGGAAGGAGAGAUCAGCGGGGGCCGAGCGUAGCGGGGCGGGAUGAGCAGAGGCGGCACGGGGACAGACAGGGAAGCCCCUGGGGGACUUGGAGUGCGGGAGCCGGAGGUGGGGAGAAUCAGCCCACCCGGAAGCUGCUGGUCCUUGGAGCCAUCCCCAAGUUUCUCCACGCGCGAAGUGUGACCUGCUCUGGCCCAGCUGUUCUGAGAACUCAAGACGUUAGGCCUAAAACCUGCAGGCCGUGUCGGAAAUCCGUUUGAGUCUUUACUGUCCCGGGAGCUACCUGGUGCUCAAGAAUAGCCCAUGGAAGAAUCAUCUGAUGAAGUGGUGAUUAAGGUCUCAGACAAGGAGUGGACAUGUUUGGAUUUCCAACAGCUACCCUGCUGGACUGUCAUGGGAGAUAUGCUCAGAAUGUAGCAUUUUUCAAUGUGAUGACAGAAGCCCACCACAAAUAUGAUCACUCUGAGGCCACAGGAUCCUCCAGUUGGGAUUUCCAGAAUGCUUUCAGAAGAGAGAAGCUGGAACAGAAGUCCCCAGAUUCUAAGACACUCCAGGAAGAUUCCCCUGGAAUGAGACAGAAGGUUUAUGAAUGCCAGGACUGCGGCAAGACCUUCCGGCAAAAAGGUAGCCUGACGUUACACGAGAGAAUCCACACUGGUCAAAAGCCCUUUGAGUGUACCCAUUGCGGAAAAAGCUUCCGGGCCAAAGGCAAUCUUGUUACCCACCAGCGAGUACACACAGGAGAGAAGCCCUAUCAGUGCAAAGAGUGUGGGAAAAGCUUUAGUCAGCGAGGCAGUCUGGCCGUCCAUGAGAGACUCCACACUGGACAGAAACCCUAUGAGUGUGCCAUUUGCCAGAGAAGCUUCAGGAAUCAAAGUAACCUUGCUGUUCACCGAAGAGUUCACAGUGGUGAAAAGCCCUACAGAUGUGACCAGUGUGGGAAAGCCUUCAGUCAGAAAGGUAGCCUGAUUGUUCACAUCCGGGUACACACAGGCCUGAAGCCCUACGCCUGUGCCCAGUGUAGAAAGAGCUUCCACACCAGAGGGAAUUGUGUUCUGCAUGGCAAAGUCCACACAGGAGAGGCACCUUACCUGUGCGGCCAGUGUGGAAAAAGCUUCACUCAGAGAGGGAGUCUGGCCGUGCACCAGCGAAGCUGCUCACAGAGGCUCACCCUUUGACUUUCUUCACAGGAAGUUCUCUGUAUGGAUUAAAAGAAGUUUGCUUUAUGAAUUAAGAGUGCAAAACCCUCUGCAAUCACAUAGCCUAGCCAAUGGCAUGGAAUGAAUGGAGAAUCUUCUACGAAGACCAGUGUUGGGUAGGAUAAACUGACUUUUUUCCUUUUCCCCAGAUAAAUAUGAAAAAUAAAUGUCUUGUUUAUCAUUA